CGACCAAACCGCAUUCAGAAAAAUUACCAGGGACGUAUUUUUUCUAAUUUAAUACUUUUUAAUGUACUGAUUGGAGUAUUAUAUAUACACACAAGAGAAGAACACCUUGUGUUCGAUUGUGAGUGGUUAGGCUUACGCAUGGUUAAAAAGUUUGAAAAAAAUCAGCAAAAGGCAUCUGAUUCAUAUGCCUCAAUUUUGAUUUCUAAUUUCCUUUUCUCUUCUCUUUUCUAUUGAUGCUGCCCAUUUAUAAGAUCCCAGAAAGCUUCAGUCCUCAUUCAUUGAGAUGGUUUGAAGGGUUCCCUGAUUUCUCGAACCUAAUUUGUUUGAGAUAGAAAAACGGAAUGGCGUCCAUAACGGAAGAAAUGAUCAAGGAAUUUCAAGCCCAGAUUGAACAAAUCGAUGAACCGCUGAAGAAAUCAUUCCUGAAUAUACAUAAUGGUUACGAGAGGGAGACCUUGGUGAGGUUUAUUACAGCAAGGGAGGGGAGUGUCUCAGAUGCAUAUAAUAUGCUUAUUGAAUGUUUGAACUGGAGGAUACAAAAUGGUAUUGAUGACAUACUGGCGAAACCAAUUAACCCUAGUGAUGUCUAUAGAGCAAUACGGGAUACUCAGCUUGUGGGCGUAUGUGGACACACUAAAGAGGGUCUUCCUGUCAUUUCUAUUGGCGUUGGGCUCAGUACAUACGACAAAGCAUCUAUUCACUACUAUGUUCAAUCACAUAUCCAGAUGAAUGAAUACAGAGAUCGCGUGGAAUUACCUUCUGCUUCCAAACAAUAUGGACGGUAUAUUGGAACAUGCGUAAAAGUUCUGGACAUGACUGGUCUAAGGUUUUCUGCUCUGAAUCAAAUGAAGUUGUUGUCUGCAAUAUCCACGAUUGAUGACUUGAACUAUCCUGAGAAGACGGAGACUUAUUACAUAGCCAAUGCCCCAUACAUAUUUUCAUCAUGUUGGAAGGUUGUCAGACCCCUUUUGCGAGAGAGAACGAGAAACAAAGUUCAAGUUCUUUCUGGUUGUGGAGAAGAUGAACUAUUGAAGAUUAUGGAUUAUGAAUCCCUUCCGCACUUCUGCAGAAAAGAAGGCUCUGGAUGUCGGAAUUCUAGAAAUGGAAUGGUUAGCAAUUGCUAUAGCUUGGACCAUCCCUUCCAUCAGCGGCUCUACAACUACGUUAAGGAGCAAGCUGCAUUGGUGGAGUCGGCUGCUCUGAUCAAACAUGGUUCAGUUCAUGUAGAUUAUCCCGAGCCUGAUCCAGAAGAUAUAAAAGUUGCACAAACCAUAAAAUCCGAGUUCCAAAAGCUUGAGAACCGAAAAGGGAGCUGUGACUCAUCGCACAAGCUUGAGAAAAGUGGGCACUGAAGGAAGCCGGGGGACGUCACUUCAAAGUUUGAAAACAUACUGUAAGUUGCCCGAGCUGCCAGAGCAGCAUGACUCGUAUAUUAUUACAAAGCAUUCUACGAAGCUCUAGGGACAGAGCAGUAGGAGCCGUUGAGGACGAGGUCCAUCCUUUUAUCAAUGAAAUCGUACGACUUGAAAUUAAAUAUAUGUGGUAUUACAAAAGUAUUCUGCUAUUGUUCUUCUUGUAUAUUUUUGUUAUGUAAGGCUUAUAAAGAGAAAUGUGUAGCAGACUUUGAUCGUCGGUGUUAUUGUGUGGACUGAGAAGUUUUUGAGAUUGAUUUUUUCUUUGUAGUAUA